AUGGAUCUUUACAUUAAUGCCAUGAAGGAAUGCUACAAACUUCUCAAACAAAAGGCUGGAGGCAAGAAUAUCUUCGAAUCUACCGAUUACUUGUGCUUCCACACACCCUUCUACAAAAUGAUCCAAAAAGCCUUCGAUUCAUUGGUCAAGGUGGAUAAGCCUAACACAACUGCCCAAGAGGCUGCCUCUCUCUUCUUGAAAAAAGUCGAGCCAUCUCUUUUCGUCUCAAAGAGAAUCGGAAACAUCUAUACUGGCUCUCUUUAUGCCUGCCUCAUCAGCUUACUCUACAAAAUCCCAGACAUCCAAAACAAAAAUACCCUCCUGUUUUCAUAUGGAAGUGGACUCUGCUCGACAAUGCUUCAAGCUCAGGUCAUUUCAAAUCCUCUUUCCAAGAGUCAAAUUACUGAUAUAGAUAACAUGUUCAAUAGUAGAAUCAAAGUUUCUCCGGAAGAAUACUCCAAGGUGAUGAAAUACAAAGAGGAGACUUACGGAAAGUGGAGGGGCAAGAUUGAAGUUGAUCUUAACUUGAUUGCCGAUAAUACUUUCUACUUGGAGGCAAUCGAUGACAAAUGGCGCAGAUCCUACAAGUUGAAGCAGCUUCAAGGAGAAACACUUGUCAAGAACAAUAUCAGUGCCAUUGAAAGGAUCAACAACAUUGACAAGAUGAUCCCCAUCACUCAAGAAAAAAGUUUCCACAAAAUGACCAUUAACGAUAGAAGAGAAGUGAUCCAGAGAAAACUCAAUGACAGCUUAGAUCACAGCCUCCUCGAAAGUGGAGGAAUCGAUUCGGAACAAGGUGACAAGAUCAUUGAAAACGUGAUCGGCAAGCUGUCCCUUCCUCUAGGAAUUGUCCCCAUGCUCCUCAUCAACAACCAGAAGUAUAUGGUUCCCAUGUGCACUGAAGAGCCUAGUGUCGUUGCUGCUACCAGCUCCAUCGGAAAGUUCUUCGCUCCUCACUCAUUCAUUGCCUCAUCAUCUCCUAACAUGAUGAUCGGCCAGGUCCAUCUUCUUCAUGUCCAAAUUUCAGAAGUCAACAAGAUUCGUGAAAGAAAGGCUUCUAUGAUCAAUGAGUUGAACAACUGCUGCCAAUCGAUGGUCAAGCGUGGAGGAGGUGUCAAGGACAUCAGAAUUCGUGAGAUUUCAGACUCCAGCAAUGGAAACUUCAAGAACUACUCCUUGGAUGUCAUCAUCAAUGUCUGUGAUGCCAUGGGAGCCAACAUUACCAACACAAUUGCUGAAAAGGCCAAGGAAAUCGUCACAUUCAUGGGCAUCAAGACCGGCAUUUCCAUCCUCAGCAAUUACUGCAUUGAAAGGACCACCGAGAGCAAGUUCAUGAUCCCAGUUGAGCACCUCUCAUGGAAGGGACACAAGGGAAUAGAAGUUGCUGAAAAGGUUAUCGAAGCCUACCAAUUCGCUAAAACCGACAUGUUCAGAGCUGUCACCCACAACAAGGGAAUCAUGAAUGGAAUCGAUGCUGUUUGCCUCGCCACUGGACAAGAUUGGAGAGCUAUUGAAAGUGCAGCCCAUGCCUAUGCUACCAGAAAGGGCGGCUACCAACCUCUCACCCACUAUGAGAUCGUUGAAAUGGAAGGAAAGAAGUAUUUGAUGGGCAUGCUCGAACUCCCUGUUGCUGUUGGAACCAUCGGAGGAACCAUCACCAAAAACGACCUCUACAGACAGGCCUUGAAGAUUAUGGGAAACCCCUCAACUCAAGUGCUAUCUGAGAUCAUCGUUACGGUUGGUUUGGCUCAAAACUUCGCCGCUUUGAGGGCAAUGGCCAUUGAAGGCAUUCAAAAAGGCCACAUGAAAUUGCACGUUCGUGCCAUCAUGAACAUCGCUAAGGUUCCAGAACACCUAGAGGUAGCUUGCUUUAGAUUCAUGUCAGCUCGCAACAAAUUCAACUAG